AUGUUUUUGAUAUUCACUUUGUUAUUCUCUCUAGGUUAGAGUGAAUUAGUUUAUCUUGGAUUUAAGAACUAUACAAUGGCAAAGAAAGAGUAUUAACCUUUAAUUGUCUUCUAUUAUGGAGAUGAUAAAUAAUCAAAAAAGUUUCUAGAUGAUUUUAUUGCUAUCGCCACAGGCUCUCAUAGUCUUUAAAAAACAGGCACAUAUCCUACAAAUAUCAAUUUUGGAUUAGUUAACGCAGUCGAAGAAAAAAAACUAAUAGAAAAAACAUAGAUUUAAGUCACUCCAUCUAUCUUUCUAUUUUAUGCUGACACUUAAAAAUAAAAAUAUUCUGGUGCCUUUAAUGCAUAAGCCUUUUUAAAUUGGCUUAAAAAAACUUAUAGGGAUUCUCCAGAAUUAAGUAUUCAAUUAAUCUAAUUAUAGAUGAAUUCUAUCCAUCCUCUCUUCUGUAAAAAUGGGAUCAAUUUGUUAAUAAAAUCAACAGUUUCUAAUUAAUAGCUUUCUUAGCCACUCCUGAAUAUAGAGUUUCACCUUUAAAAGCUUUUGUUUAGGCUGCCAAAUAAAUACCUUAAGGAGUAUAUUAAUAUAUAAAUAUUCUUAGUAUGUCUUUUGUCACAUUUUUAAUCCAGAUCUAUAUUAACAUUUGGGCUUGAAAAAAGAAGAAAGUGGUCUUGUUAUUUAUAGCAAAUUAGAAGAUCUAGAAGAUAUUAGUGAAGAAAAAACCAAAAAAUAUUAAACCUAUUUAUAUAGAUUCAAAGGAGAUGUCAAAAAUACUGAUGAAAUCCUUUAAUUUUUAAAAAUUUAUGCUUUUAAAAAAGGAUUCGUUUAUGUAGAUGAUACUAAGUUUUAGAAAUUAUCCAGAAGAGUAGACUUAUUACCUUCAGUUAUUUUAUUAUACAAUAAAACAAGUAUUUUUAAUAUUAAUAUUUAUAAUAAGACCCUGAACAUGAAAAAUAUGUUUAACUAAUGUAAGAUGCUAGAUAUACACUAUUAAAUAAAGCUAUUCUUGGUGUUCUUGAUGUUGAUGGAGAUUGUUAAGAAAGAUUAGAAAGAGUUUAUGAAAUAAAUGUUAAUACAACGUAAUUGCCAUAAUUGAUUGCUAUGAAACCAAUUGAUGAUAAUAGAUUCUAUAAAUAUAAAAAAGGACCAUUAGAUCCAGUUCAAUUUUAUGAAUAAAUUUAAUCAGGAUAAAUAAAACCAUUCUAUAGAGAUGAAGGCAUUUUACAAAAUUUAUAUGAUGGAGCAGGAAUCUACAAACUAACAAGAUCUACUUAUUAUCCAUUCAUUAAAGAAUAAAAUGAUAAAGGAAUAGAUGUUGUUGUAACUUUUACUGCUAAGAAAUGCUAACCAUGUAAAGACUUUAGACCAGAUUAUAAUGAAGUAUUUAAGAAAGUAUAUUAUUUAUAUAUUUAAUUUUAGCAUAAAUAAGUAAUUGAAGGAAAAGUUAUUUUUGCUAGAUGUGAUAUUGAAAAUAAUGAAAUUGAUGAUCUUCAUAUUGAUUCUUAUCCUCAUGUUAAAUUAUAUGCUGCUGGAAAAGAGCAUCCAUCAACAUUACAUUAACAAAAAACAGAAGAGAGUUUAACUCAAUGGUUAAGUGAAUAAAGUAAUUACGGAAAUUUAUUCAAAGUUAAAACAGAUUUGUGA